GAGCGCGGCUCGGCAGGGCCGGACCGGCUCCGCUCCGCUCCGCUCCGCUCCCGUUCUCCGUUUCCGCCAGGGAAACCGCCGAGCCCGGGAAGGGAGCACUCCCAUCCUCACGACACCGCCCCAGCCUGGGCACACCUGCCCUGUGCUGGCACCCCGACCCCCUGAUGCCGAGCUGGCUUUGGGCAGCGUGAUCCACAGCACGCCAUCACCAUGGCCUCCUCAGAUGGGCUGCAGUACCGUGCUCUCUAUGAGUACAAGAAGGACCGGGAAGAGGACCUGGCACUGUGCCCUGGGGAUGUGCUGACGGUCAGCAGGGCCGGGCUGCUCAGCAGCCCCGACUACAAGGACGGGGACGAGCGCAGCCCCCAGGGUUGGCUCCAUGGCUUCAACGAGCGCACCAAGGAGCGCGGCGACUUCCCCGGCACCUACGUGGAGUACCUGGGUCCAGCACGCGUUGUCACCACUGCCACCAAGGCCAGGCCACGGCCCCUGCCCCCACCGCCCGCCGGAACUCCCACACCCUGGGGACAGCCCGGGCAGGCAGAUCUGGCUGAGCACCCCACCCUCCCCGAGCAAGCGCUGCCAACCGUGGCCAGGCUCAUCGAAGCACUGGAAAAACAAGGUCUUGACAGUGAGAUGCUCUACAGAUCCACCCCUGGUGUGCUGGGGGAUGCUGAGCUGAAGCAGGCUCUUCUGACAGAUGCCUCAGCUGUGGACAUGGACCUGUAUGAUGCUCAGACACUGGCAGAGGCCCUGAAGUGGUACCUCCAAGAGCUCCCAUCACCCCUGGUUCCCCCAGCUCUCUACAAUGACUUGGUCCACAUGGCUCAAGAGAGCCCAGGCUUGGAGGAGUGUGGCCAGCGAGCCAGAGCUCUGCUGGCCCCCCCAGCCCUGCCGCAGCCCCAGGCACUGCUCCUGCACCAGCUCAUCCACCACUUCUGCCGCCUCUGCCAGGGCACUCGCAGGAGCCGCCUCUCACCCCGGCUCCUUGGGGAGCUCUUUGGAGAGCUGCUUCUCCGCCCCACAGCAGCCAGCACUGAGGCGAGCCCUGAGCUCCGUGCAAGGAUCCUGGAGUCUCUCAUCAUGGCCGACGAGGUGGCAGAGGUGCCAGCAGCCCCUGCUCUUCCUCCAAAGCCCCCCAAACCAAUGACUCCAGUCAAUACAAAUGGAAUGAAGGACAAUUCCAGUUUCUCACUGCAGGAAGCAGAGUGGUACUGGGGGGACAUCUCAAGGGAAGAAGUAAAUGACAAACUACGAGACAUGCCAGACGGAACCUUCCUGGUGCGCGAUGCAUCAACCAAGAUGCAGGGGGACUACACUCUGACGUUACGGAAGGGUGGCAACAACAAACUGAUAAAGAUCUAUCACCGGGAUGGCAAAUAUGGCUUCUCUGAUCCACUGACGUUUAAUUCAGUUGUGGAACUGAUUAACCACUACCGCAAUGAGUCUCUGGCUCAGUAUAACCCGAAGCUUGAUGUGAAGUUGAUGUAUCCAGUGUCCCGGUACCAGCAGGAUCAGUUGGUGAAAGAAGAUAAUAUAGAUGCAGUAGGUAAAAAGCUUCAAGAAUACCAUGCUCAGUAUCAGGAAAAGAGUAAAGAGUAUGACAAGUUGUAUGAAGAAUAUACCAGAACAUCACAGGAAAUUCAGAUGAAGAGGACAGCAAUUGAAGCCUUUAAUGAAACUAUUAAGAUAUUUGAGGAGCAGUGCCACUCACAAGAGCGGUACAGCAAAGAGUACAUCGAGCGGUUUCGCAGGGAGGGGAACGACAAAGAGAUAGAACGGAUAAUGAUGAACUAUGAGAAACUAAAAUCACGUCUGGGUGAGAUCCAUGAUAGUAAAAUGCGCCUGGAACAAGAUUUGAAGAAACAAGCUCUGGACAACAGGGAGACUGAUAAGAAAAUGAAUAGUAUCAAGCCUGACCUAAUUCAGCUCCGCAAAAUCAGAGAUCAGUAUCUUGUAUGGCUCAAUCACAAAGGAGUGAGACAGAAGCGAAUAAAUGACUGGCUGGGGAUCAAAAAUGAAAAUAUCGAUGACACAUACUUUAUGAAUGAAGAAGAUGAGAACCUGCCACACCACGAUGAGAAAACUUGGUUUGUUGGGGAUCUCAACCGUAUCCAAGCAGAAGACUUGCUCUGUGGGAAACCUGAUGGAGCCUUUUUAAUUCGUGAGAGCAGCAAGAAAGGAUGUUAUGCUUGUUCUGUGGUAGCUGACGGAGAAGUGAAACACUGUGUGAUCUACAGCACUCCAAGAGGUUACGGGUUUGCAGAACCAUAUAACCUGUACAGCACACUUAAGGAUUUGGUUCUUCAUUACCAGCAGACGUCCCUUGUCCAACACAAUGAUUCCCUAAAUGUCAGGCUUGCCUAUCCUGUCUACGCACAGAUGCCCCCCUCUCUCUGCAGAUAAAUUUGGAGGAGGAGGAAAGUGUUGGCUAUCUUGGAUUCUUUUCUACAGUUUUUACUAAACCUUGGAGGGCAUUCUUUCUCCUUAGACUGCUUGUUUUGCACAAGAAGAGAUUCUGUGAAUGUGAAUCAAAAAGAGGCCUAGCAGCAACAAGAUGACAACUUGGGUGUAGGUGUCCUGGUGCUACUUUAAAAGCUCAGCUGUGCUUUUACACUGAUACUUUCGUUUCCUUAUGAGGGGAAUAAACUCAACACAACGCAUACAAAAAUACCAGAAGCGAAACAUCGUUUCAUGGAGAUAAUUUUUUGCCAGGCACCUUCAGUGGAACUUCUACUUGGAUUUUGUUUUCUCUUGUUCUUGUAGAGACAACUUGAAGCCUCUGUUUGAGGCAUCGGUAAUGUCUUUCAGUCUUAAACUCCCAAGAAACUAGGGGGGGGGAAACUCUACCACAGCAAUUCUUCUCUGUUAAUUUUAGCAGCUUCACUGCGAUUCAGCUGAACUUCCAAAAGAGGGCUUGUCUUGAGGUAGCAUGGCAUUUGGUGAGAAGACCAAAGGAAUUACGGGAAAGCUUCAGGUGUUUAAGUGGAGAAAUGCUUGUAAAGCAAAGUUGCUUUAUUUUUUUUUUGUCAACAGUAACAAAGUUUUGGUUCCAAUGGCAUUACAGGUCUUCACUGAAAAGGAAAAGUCUAUAACCAAACUGAACACACCAAAACUUUGCUUGUUGCUAGAUUGGGCACUUACAGGGAAGGUUGCGUUAGCAUCCGCACGUACUUUCUACACCAAAACUUGAAACAAAUAAAGGAAAAGCUAAACUUUGUAGCUUCGAAACACUAAAUUUGUCUGAUCUGGUGUAAUUGCUCACUCUCCUCUUCCUUGACCCCAGUUCCUCCCAUUCCUCAGCUUGGGAUUCUGUUUUCAGUUUUCGAUGAUACUGUGCUUCAGAAUGUAAACCAGAGUGAAGCUUGCACUCUCCUGUUGCAGUUCUUGCUGAACAAUGACAGACUCUUAAUGCUUGAUUUUUGUAUAGAAGAGGUAGGUGCAGUCAAAUGCUUCUGGAUGGCUUAUUGUACCAAAUUCUUUUGUGGGGUGUAGUCAUUUCCAGUUGUACAGAAACAAGCAUGCUAAUUAUAGAUCUCCUCUGAUUUGUUCUUUGCAAGCUAAGCUCUGAACUCUCACACUGCUACAGCUGAGCAAGGUUUUACACUGGUAUAAUCUAAAUUCCCUUGUAGUUAUUUUGGCCAUGGUGCAAAACACAGGGAGGGAGGAGAGCCGUGCUCAGUUAUUGGAUGUUUGGUACCAUCCUUUGGCAAGGGCUGCUGAUAAAAACUGGAGUGGAUAGUCCUGGGCUUUGUCAAGUAUAGCGAUCACCCAAUAAAUCCCCUCUCUGGAAAGUAUACAAAGCAGCUUAUUUCCAUUCCUUAAGCUUCUGAAAUGAAAAAAGAGCUAAUCUGGCAAACUCAACCCUUUGGCAUCAAAGAAGACUGGCAAAGCAAUUGUUCAGUGUGCAACCUUGAAAGUUACUUUAGUUCCUAUUACUGGAAGCGGUUCCCUUGCAUUGCACCCAUUGUGCAGGACAGGAAGCAGACAGCCAUGCAGGGCUGAGAAUGCUCUGGACCUUUUUCUGACCCCGGGGCUGAUUUCCUGUUCAAAUGGUGGGGUGUGGGUUUUUUCCUAUAAUGCCUGGCACUAAUGCCAGGCUUGUUGAUGGUUACUGUUUACACUAGAAGUAUUAUUUCUCUGAAUGUCAUGAAUUUACAGGCAGGGAAGUGACAGGGCUGGGGCACUGACAGCCAUUGCAGGAAGGGAAGUCUGGUUGCCUGGCAUGUCUGUGAGAUGUUUUGCACUAAUGACCCUGAUACAUCCCAGACACUUUCUAAUCAGCCAGGAUGCAAUCUUCAGGCAAAGAAUUCUGUAGAUGCCACUUUUCUAAGUAAAUGAAACGCUACAAAACUUCGCCAAAACUGAGUGAGAGGAGAAGAUUCAUGCAAGCUGCUAUGUUGAAGUGACCCGUAUCUGCUUGUGUGUCCCUUCUCUCCUGUUUCCCCAAGGAAAGGAAAACCAAGAUGUAGCCUUUGCUUUUAGUGAAGCUAUUGAAUGGAUUCCUCAGUGGCACAUGGACAUGGAAACGUUUCUUUUUAAAGAAACUUGCCCUACCUCUUGGAUCAUUUGCAGUUCUAAUCUGGUAACUGUAAAGCUGUCGUUCUCACACCUUGUGUGCAUCUAAUGUUCCCUUAGCACUGAGCUGAGUCCAAAUGUCCAAUGAGGGAAAAUCAGUUCAAAGGCACAAAUGAUAGCCAGGUGCUUCAUGCCUGUGGAAAAACUCCUCCUGUACAAGAGGAGUGUCUGAUUGUUUUCUUUGCCCCUGUGAUCUCUUAUUUGCAAUGUUAACGUUUGAGGCAGCUGGGGCAGGUAUUUCUGAUCCCUGCUUUUGUGACAGAGACAAUCUGGCUGAAGUGUUUCACAUCUGCCCCGUUUUUAGGUAGGGCUUGGUUUUGUUUGUUUUAAACAAGCACGAGUCUACUUUCAGGCUCAUAAAUCCUGGCACACCCUCUCAGUACUGACAGCAGCGGGACAGCAAAGCAGGGCUGUGUAAAGUUUCCCUGUAGUGGAGUCUAACUGAUCCUGUGAGGUCUUGGUCCAAGCUCUGACCCUGUCUCUGCCAAGGUAAAUACAGUGUAAUUCCAUUGGCAUCCAUGAAGGUAGCUUGGUUCUACAGUGGUGUGAGGUGGGAUUCUGGACCCUUGCUCUCCGAGAUCUCUUUGCUAGUUGUAGGUGAUGUGUUUGCUGUGAGUGAUGUGCUCAGAGCCAAUAAGCCAUCCUGAAGCAUUCUUUGGAAUUGUUUUGCCCAGACAGGGCUAUGGGCAGACUAAGCCCACAUUCCUUGUAUUUGGCUCUUAUCAGCAGUCUCUGAGGCUGUGUUUUGCCACUGUAUCUCUGUGUUUGGUUUAGGCACCUGAAGUCCCAGCUGCUAUGAUUGCCUGCUCCCCUUUGACUUUCAUAUGCAAUUGCACAGAUUCUUUCUGCAUCCAUUUUGCACUCCUACAGCUAAUGAAAAUUGGUGUGUAGCUGGCAUGACCCGUGGGACAGGAGCUUGACGCUGCUGCAUUCACUGCUCAGCCUAGUUCUAUUCUGUAGCAUUAGACCUGUGAGAAGCUUCCAGGAGCUAUUCUGCACUUGCAUGACUGAAAAAGGAGAAAUGGGCCUAUGAGGUGCAGGCUUCAAACCCUAGCAUGAAAAGCAGCUGUUAAGCCUAAAACAAAUGCAGGAAACGUGAACAAAAAGGCAAAACAAAGGAACUCAAGUCCUUUUAAACCAGUAAGAUGUGGGAAGGUUUCAGCUUCAAGAGUCAAAACAUCAGGGAGGAAAAGGGGGAAGCAGUCUCACUGUUGUAUGCAGCUGUCAGUUAGCAGACUGCAGUUAGCGAAGUACUGAUCUCAUUGACCCAUAUUGUGUUAAAUAUAUAUGUAGAGUUAAAUAAAUAACUUUUGCACAGUAUUAAAUGGGGGUGUAGGGGGGUGGGUGUGUGUUGAAACUCAGAUAUGCACAGUUUCUUCUGAUCUGUUUUGAAGUAUACUUGCAGGGAUCAGGGGUGAUCCAGUAUUUUGUACUUGUAUGGAUGGAAAUCAGGUCUGCUUCCACAGUUGCCAUUCAACCCCCUUGCAUCAGCCACGAGUGCCAUCUUUUUGAAGUUAGUAAGUUAAAUCUUUUCCCACUUGUUUUCUUUACUUUGAUUACAAGUAACCUUAGAAUGGGAAGAACAAACCUAGAAGCACAGGGAUGUUCCAACAGACUCUAGCAUGUGCAGCAGUAGUAUGUGAUCAGCCACCUUCUGAUACUGGAGCGCUCUAGAGUUGGGGGUUGUAUUUUUGCUGGGUUGUUUUCACUUCCCAUCAGCUGCUUUGCACUGUUUGGUGGUUGCAGCCUAGAGUUAUAUCCAGUACAAUCCCCUGUCUUAUGCCAAAAAUAAAAUUAUCUUUCCACACUCAUCCCUUGAUGUGGCAGAUGAUCAAGAUGCUUCCCACUUAAUGUGGUGGGCCUGAUUCUUGUCUUGCCUGCACUAGUGUAAGCAAGGCUUCCACAGCCAAAAGCCAUUCCCAGGAAAACAGUUUGUUUAGUCAUACCUGAAUUCAAGUCUCAGCUGGGCAAAAAUCAAACUUUGUCCUUCACAAAGCCAGGCAACUGUGAUGGGGACUGUGGAAAAGAACACUGACACUGACUGCUGUUUUGGGGAGGACAGGGGCAGUAGGUGGGUCUUGAUUGUCCCAGAUGUGAGGCUGUCUGCAGGCUUGGGUGGCACCAUGCCCUUAACUGAACACUGUGGCUUUUUGGAACAGCAGAAUUGCUAUAGAAGUGUCCCAGCUGAAGUUUGGAAAAGCCUCUUAUUUGGUACUUGAACAAUCUCACUCCUGGUUUUGAAUGUCUCUUUAUUUUUUUUUUGGUGUUGUUACACUAACAGGGAAUAAAAAUCUGGAAUGUUAGUGAGUCUUGUAUGCUUGCUGCAUUGUGCAGACAUGAAACAGGUACUGCUUGUGGGUCGGGAGGGGUCAGACAGGUUCCAAAUGCAGUUGUACAAAGCACUCUGAUGGGUUGGGAGUUGAAGUUGUUUUUGUUGUUGUUCAAAUCACAUUUAAAAUCAUAUUUUAUUACCUGUCGUUUCCUUAUGUUGACUUGCAGCCUCUGCUUUUGGAACAGAAAGAAUAACAUUCCCAAAGAACAAAGAUGCUGUGAGGGAAGAGGGGGGUUAGGCUUGCUCAAAUUCAAAGCAAAUAGAGGAAGGGUCAGCAUCCUAUGGCAUCCUUGUGGUUGUAAUUUGAUGGAGGACCGGACAGGCCAUCAAUAGGACUUCUGCCUUAAUCCAUGAAAGCAAGAGAAGCUGCCAGAGCAGCCCUUUUCCUUUGGAAUACUCAGUUGUACUCUCCUUUAACGUGUGUGCAAGGAGGUAGGAGGUUAGUAGAAGUCCUUAAAGACUUGCUCCUCUUUCGGUAUUAGAUGGGAACUUGCACUGCUGAUCCCUUAAGCCGUGCAGCCAGGGGAAGGGAGCAGUUACCAGCUCAGAUAAACAGCAGCCUGUUUGUGGAACAGCUUGGCUGGUUAAGUGCUGCGUGAGGAGUAGCUUUGGAUGGGGUUAGAUGAAGCUUGGCCAACGUUUCAGUGGCUCUGGUGUUCUGUGGGCAGAAAUACUUUCCACCAAAAGGGAAAGGGUGGGGGGAAAUUCUCUUAAUCUCUUCAAUUCCUUCCUGUUUGUUCACAGGGCCAGAUAGGGAGCUUUAGCUUAACUGUUUAGAUGAUGACAGUGCUUGAAGUGCUGGUCUUUGGGGCUGGCUCCACACCAUUAAUGCAGGACUAACUGCGUUUUAAUUGCUAUUGGCAUCAACUUACCUUAUUUUAUGACUAAACUCAUCAUUUGUUCUAAAAUUUGCCUUUAAAAAAAUGUGAUGUGAGCUUCAGAGGCAAAAAUUCUUACUGAUCUAAAACCUUGUUGAUCAACCUGUACUAGAGAAAGCAGCUUUAAUUGAUGCACGCCCCCCAACACCUCCACCACCUUCCCUUGGGAUUGCUGCUGGCAAACAAGGAGGGAAUGUUUCCCCCUGCACUCAGCGGCGCUUUCCAAGUACUCUCAACAAGGGACUUGGGAUCAUUUGGAAAAAUUAUUGCAUCCAAAGACAAAAAGUCUCCAAGGGUGAAUAUCAGCCCCCGGCAUCAGGGGAGUUGCAGGAUGCUGGGGCCAGCCACGGGCUGCCCCGCGCCGGGUCUCCAUCGGCUGCGGUGGGGUUUGCGUUCGGUCGGCUUUCGUGGGCUUUCAGUCUGGUUUUGGUUUUGUGAGUGACUUCUACAUCCAGCAGAGAGAGGUUUGAUGAAACCUGUUAACUUUGUAUAUCUGGCUGUUUAUUGCACCAUGGGAUUGUGACGGUCUGCAUCAUCUGUGCGUGUGUGUGUACGUGGGCGUGCGCGUCCGUGUCUGUACUGUAUGUAUAUAGAUCUGUGUAAGAUAUAUUCACGUACACCUUUAUAAGCAUUAGCUGUAAGUGGCACUGCCCCUUAAAGAUAACACAAAAGUCCCUGUUAGCACAUUCUGCAGUGUGUUUAGGCAGAAGUGCAUUUGGGUUUGGUUUAGGUUUUCUGUUAUUUUCUUUGUGUCAAAUGAAAAGGAGUUUAUUGUGUUCAUCUUGCAUAUGUGCUUCUGAAAUGCUGAACUCUGGAUUUCCUUGUCGGGGGUUGGGGGGGGGGGGAAGAGUUACUACUUUAUCUGUAAACUGAGUUGAAUCAGAGCAUUAUUUACUUUGGGACAAAGCACUCAGCUUUGUGCCAAGCAAAGGUGUUUAGCUCCAGAACCCACUCUUGUUCUCCUGCGGGAUGCAGUGGACGUUUACAUGUUGCAGUAGGUCCCCCAGCCCCCCUGUCCAGAGCUGAUGUGCAAUGGGUGGUGUUGGUACGUGUCCCUUUUUGUGAGUGGACUCUUUGUAUAAGAUGUGGUUCAAUGUAAAGCAUGAGUGGGUGUUUGACCUUGUAUCGAGGGCUGAAAUAACAGCACACUCCUUUGUACAAUCUUUGCAUUAAUGUUUCUGCUUUUCCUUUUGACUUCUAUUUUCUUUAAGGGAAACUGCAUCUGUUAAAGAACCUGCUUCUCCAGAAGCUAUUGACUUUUUGUUUUCCAGAUGAAUUCCAGCAUGUAACUUUGGUACUCUUGUUUGUUAUUUGUGUAAAACCUGUUCUUCUGUCGUUUAUGGUGUAGUUAGGGGAGGGGGGAGGGGGGGGGGGCAUUAAAAAAAAAAGGAGGAAAAAAUGAAUUAAUGUAGUUUAACUUUUAAAGAAACAAAGCAAACUGCUUCAUAAGGAAACCAAUUGUAUGUUAGUGUUUUCAGACAAGUCAUCCUGUAGUUUCUAGCUCAGUAAUGCAAGACUGUACUUGUCACCAGGUGUGUUACAAUUUUGCUGUAUUCUUUUACUAGAUGGUUGAGCUUUUAAAUCCCAGACACUAAGCAUCCUGGGCCUACUUGCUCUAGAUCAAAAAAAAAAAGAAAAAAAAAAAGAAAAAAGGAAAAAAAAAUGCAAUAAAAAAAUUGCAAUAAAGCACAUUGACAUGUAAUGUUUUAGAAGGAUGUACUGACAGCUGUUUCUAAUAAAUUCAGAACUGCAGUGUGGUCAGGC